AUGACUACCGACUCGUACGCUCUUGAGGACCUGGUCACCUCCAACCGCGUCCCCUCCGACGCAGAGGCAGCACACGCCCACGACAUCAUCGCCUCUACCAGGGAGUCCCUAGCCGCGCUCGACGCCCAGAUAGCCCACCUCCAACGCAACCGCGCCGCGCUCGAAGCCGAGAUCCAGGCACACAAAUGCGUCGUCUCCCCCUGGCGGCGCCUCCUCCCCGAGCUCGUCCUCACCAUCAUGCGGCACUGCAACACGCGCACGCUCUACCCAGCUCAGCACCCGCACUUCGUCAACCCGUUCGUGGUCGGCCAGAUCUGCAGCGCGUGGCGCGCGCUCGCGCUCGCCACGCCGUCCCUUUGGACAUCCGUGCGCGUCGUCGCCUCGGAGCUGUCCACCGCCGCGCAGGCGCGCGCGCUCGAGCUGCUCCUGCAGCGCUCGCACCCGCUCGGCUUGGAUGUGGAGGUAGUGUGCGAGCCGCUCCAGCUGCAGGCCUCCGGCGAGCCCCUCGCCGUCAUCCAAACCCUGCGCAGCUCCUCAGCGCGCUGGCGCGCCCUCGACGUGCAGCUCACCGAUUCCCUCCUGGAGGCGCUAAUGGGCGGCGUGGACCUCCCCCGCCUCGCGCGCCUCGUCCUGCGCAACACCUGGCUGCACACGCCCUACCCCCCGCCGGCCUCGCACGAGUCCCUCCCGCGCGGCCUCUCCUUCCAGCACGCGCCCGCCCUGCGCGCGCUCACGCUGUUCAACGCGUACCUCGACACCGCCACGAUCGUCGCGCGCUUCCCGCUCGCGCGGCUCACCGAGCUGGACGUGUUCGUCGGCCGCGUGAACCGCCCCGCGCAGUUCUCGGGCGCGCAUGCGCCCGCGGUGCUCGCGCGCUGCCCGAGGCUGCGGAUACUCCGCCUCAUGUCCGUGCCCGAGGCGUGCCCGCCUUCCAAGGAGGACGCAGCGCUGGUAGAGCCCGUCGUCGUCCCGGACCUGCAUACGCUCGAGAUCGUAGCGUACGACCGGUGGGACCUCGUGUUCGACAAGCUCGCGCUGCCCAGUUUGCGCAGACUACGGCUGGAGGUGUCCUGCAGCAGCUGGGCGAACCGCUGGUCGGAGGACUGCUUCGCGCGCCUCCUGCAGAGGUCGGGGAGAGUGCGGUCGUCUUGCCAGGUAUCCACAGAGCGCGGAUCGCAUGUCUAUGAGUGCAGCCUGAAUGAAGUCAGUUUAUGA